AUGCCUGAUAGUUGCUGUGUACCGAAUUGUACGAACAGACGCAAGAAAGGCGAUGGAAGUGGUGGUUUUUUUCGAAUUCCUUCGAAGAAAUACCCAGACGUCAGAAAAAGAUGGUUGACUGCGAUUGGCAGGGUGGAUUGGCCAGAACAGCUAAUUGGAAAUGCUAAAGUAUGCCAUCUGCAUUUCACAUCUGGAUCAAAAUCAAAGGACCCACUGAGCCCUGAUUUUGUGCCAUCAGUUUUCGACCGAAUUGGGAAAAAAAUGAGUGAGGAAAAAAAGAAAGAGAAACAGGAUCGAUUCCAACGUGCACGUCUGAGAGUUAAGCAGCGCUCAAAUCUUCCUGUUGUGGAAGAGCCCAGUGAAGUUUUGGAACCAGAGGAGGAAGAGCUAAGCCCACAAGAUAUGGAGAUUGAAAAAUUAAAACAAAAAGUGACAGAAAUAGAGAAUGUUGUGAAAGAAAAAGAAAAUAACAUCAAGGAAGUGACUCGAAAAUACUGUAGCAUCCAAAAUGAACUUGUCAACAGGAUGGCUGAAAUCCAUCAGUUAAAAAAUAAAAACAAUUUGUCAAGAAAAUUCCAACUAAAUUAUGGACAUUUGAAAAGUCACAAAAAUUAUUUUUAUUUUUAUACUGGAUUGGACCAAGCACGCUUCAACUGGGUAUUUGCAAUUAUCAAAAAUAAAAUGAAACGUAUCAGCAGAAUAUUGACACCGAAAGAUCACCUUGUUGUUGUCCUGGUAAAAUUGAAACUUGGCUUGUAUAACAAAGAUAUCGCUUUCAGGUUUUGGAAUUACAUGCAAAAUGGUCACCAAAAUUUAUCGAAGCUUGCUUAA